GUGGGACUUUUGAGCGCAGACGGAACGGGCCAGCCGAUCCGAACGGUCACAAAAACAAAAACAUCUUCCAAUCAGUGAAUAAUUUUUUUUAUUUUUUUACGUAAAAAAAUAAAAAUAAAAAAAACCUCUUUGAAAAUUAUUUGUGCUUGUGAAUCAACAAAAACUCUGUUGGUGUUUGAAAUAGAUUGUUUAUAAUAGGCUAGGACUUUGGUGCUUCCAGUUAUUAGAAUUCCGAACGCAAAAAAAGUGCAACAACCACUUGCUUAAUUAUCGAUAUAAAUAUCUCUAAAUCAAAAGUCUUUUCUUUUUACCGAAAAAGAAAACGAAAAAAAAAAAAAAAUGGCGACCGGUAAUGGGAAUGGCGGUACAAGCGCCGGAAGUACGUCCGGAAGCGGUCUCGGUAGUCUAGCUGGUAGUGCUAAUGUUGGCACGUCAUCGGGCAACAGCAGCAGCGGUGCCGGACUUUUAUUCCCAUCCAUUGUGGAAUUGAACGUGGGCGGAGUCCAUUACACGACGACACUGUCGACAUUGACAAGAGAUCCCGAUUCUUUGCUCGGUCAAAUGUUUUCAGGCCGUUGGCGUUCGGGCCAGCAGCCCGUCCUCAUGCGCGAUUCAAAGGGCAAGUACUUUAUCGACCGAGAUGGAGUUCUCUUCCGCUACACGCUCGACUUCCUGCGCAACCAAAAACUGACCCUACCCGAAAAUUUCCACGAGUGCGAACGACUCAAACAGGAGGCUGAUUAUUUUCAAAUGGCCGAAAUGAGGACCACGUUAUUAGCGGCCACUAGCGCCGCCAACGCAUUAGCUCGAUUGGCUAUCCAGCAGCCAGCAUCCAGCGACGUUUCGGCUGAUGAAAACGAUCAAGACCUUAUUGCUGCGGUAGAUAUCCCAUCGCCCCCAGCCGAAUUAGCUGUCGCUCUUCCGCGCUCUUCCGGCUACAUCACGGUCGGUUAUCGCGGAACAUUCGCUUUCGGUCGUGACGGUUUGGCUGACGUCAAAUUCCGUAAAUUGUCGCGCAUCCUCGUGUGCGGAAGGGUUGCGCUCUGUCGCGAAGUGUUUGGCGAAACGCUGAACGAAUCCCGCGAUCCCGAUCGUGGCGCUAGCGAUCGCUAUUCGUGUCGAUUCUUUUUGAAACACACGUUCCUGGAACAAGCGUUCGAUAUGCUCCAAGAGGCUGGAUUUCAUUGCGUGGCUUCGUGCGGCUCUGGUACGGCAUCCGCCGGAACAGACAUCAAACCCGGAAUGGAUUCAGAAGAGAAUCGCUGGAAUCAUUACAAUGAAUUUGUCUUUGUUAGACGUUGAUUUCGUUUUUAUGUAGGACAAAUCUAUAUGUUAAUGUUUUUAAUUCUCUCAAUUAAAAUCGAUACAUUUUGGUUCGGGAUGCGUUUUUCUUUUGUUUUAAAGCAUAUUUAGCCUAUAGUCCCUGAUUAAUCUGUGCUAGCCAUAUUCUUCCUCUCGCUAUUUUUUAGGUUUUUAUAGGUAGGCUAGGGUUUAAUUUAUCACAGUUGAAAAUAAUUUAACGCUUUUGUUCUCUUUUACAUUUUUUUCCCAAGCCAGGGUAUAUAGCCUACCAUAAAUAGGUCUAUACCUGUAAUUAUUAUGAAUAUCAGUUGUGUUUUGUGAAAAGGAUAUCGAUCUGAAACGAUGAUUGUGUCUAUCUCCCUCAUGAUUUCCCAUAUAGGUUGUUAUAACGAGUCGAUUGUUUUGAAUUUUUUUACGUUCUGUAUUAUCUAUGCUGUUUCUAUUUAUUGUAUAUCUAGUUUCUAUACGGUAGUAUUUUACCUGCUGUUGAAUUGUUAUUUGGCAAGGUGGGGAACGAAAAAAAAAAAGCCACGAAUCGAAGAUUUGAACUCCAACGUUCUCCCCCUCAACAACAAAAAAAGAGGAAAACCAUAAAAUAAAUAAAAACCAAAAAACUGAUUAUUGUAUAUGCUUUCUGUUAUUUCUGUCAACUAGUUUAUUUGAAUUGACAUUCAUUUGACCCGCUCUCAUAUUCCAAGAAUAGAAUCCCUUUUCCCCCAAUUGUCACCCUGCUAAAAUACGAUCUUGAUAUAUUUAACUAAUAUUUCGUUUUUAGAAAGAAUUAAAGCAAAGAGUCGAAAUAAAAUUGAUAACAUUUCAA